GAAUUCCACCUGCAAAGCUUCAACAGUGAGUGUCCUCAGCUCACAAACAAUUAUUGAAUAUUGUUCUUUUUAAAAAAAAAAUAAAAUAAAUGCAGGUGACGCAGGAGUGUUUGUUGUCCUGUAUUCAAUUAAAAAUGGGUUAAACGUGAUUUGCAAAUCAUUGUAUUCUGUUUUUACUUGUGUUUAACACAAACUUCUUUGGAAUUCCACCUAAGUGACGUGUUUGUGUUGCACUUUGUUGCUUGUUCCUGGAAUAAAAUAUGACUAGUGAAUAUUUGAUGAUUAUGAAAUAUUGUGCUGAUUACUCCGGGCUUUGGAUCGCGUGUUGCGUUUGUGAGAUACUUGGCAUUCUGUUUUUUGUUUUUGUUUUUUUGAUGGUGAAAUUUGAAAAAUGGAAGCAAUUUGAGAACGAUGUCGAGCGGAGCGCCUACGGAGGCCGCGCGCGGACGAAAAGGCGUUCGUGUUCUCCCGGCGGCCGUCCUGCAAUGGAGGGGGUGACAGUGGGCCAGGUAUUUGAUGCCGAAUGCAUCCUCAGCAAGCGGCCGAGAAAGGGGAAGUUCGAGUAUCUCGUCAAGUGGCGAGGGUGGUCGUCCAAGCACAACAGUUGGGAGCCAGAGGAAAAUAUUUUGGACCCGAGGUUAUUGGCGGCCUUUCACAAAAGGGAACAAGAGCGAGAACUUUUGUUCCAGAAGAAAGGAAAGAGGCCGAGAGGACGACCGCGCAAGAUUCCGCUCCUCGCCGCAAAAGGCGGCCGCUGGUCCUCCUCGUCGUUUUCCGGCGCGUCUUCGUCAGCUGCGUCGUCGUCUGAGGAAGAAGAAGACGAGGCGGAGCGCGAGCGCAAGAAGGCCAAGGCGCCGGGGGCGGGGCCCGGGGCGGCCCCCCGGCUGCAAGCCGUCCCCCAGAAGAGGCCUCAGAUCCCGCCCGCCAAAGCCGAGCCCCCUCGCAGGAAGCGCGGCCGGAAACCGCUCCGGGCCGACGCGGGCGCUUUGAGGCACCCCAAAGCCAGGACGCCGCCCUCGCCCUCGCCCCCGCCCCCGCCCCCGCCCUCGAGCCACCACCACCACCAUCACCACCACCACCACCACCACCAGCUGCUGCCGGGGUUCCUACGCAAGUAUGGAAAGGCGGACCCUCGGCCGGGGAUGAAGAAGCCGCUCCAGCCGGCGAGCUUCACUUACCCCGGACUCGGCAGGACCGCCAGAGAGCACCACGCCGCCCAGAGCUCGGCUUUCUCUCAGGCGGCGGCGUCCAAAGGGGGCUGCGUUUGGAACCGGCACUCGCCCGCCGGGCCCUCGCCGUCGUCGCUCGGCAAAGCCGGCAGCUCGCCGCAAAGGAAGGCGUCGGAGCCGGGCGGCGGUCGGGGCGACGGGACGAGAAGCCUCUUCGGUGGCGGUCCGGCGGCAGCGCCGGGUCUGCGGAGGCAAGACGUCCACGGCGGGCACACCGCUCUGCUACAGCACAGGCGAUCGCUCACCAAGUCGGCGCCGUCGUCGUCGUCGUCGUCGUCCUCGCGGCGGGCAACCAAUCAGACGCUCAGCUUGCGGGCGCUGAACCUGCAGAGCGUCACAAAGACUCCGCCCGCCGGCUAUCACGGCAACAGCGGCGCGGCCGUGCGCUCCAGCACGCGCAGCGGCGGCCUGGUGCUCAUCAAGGACUCUUGCGUCAUACCAGGAGGGCAGCGGGCGGGCCCGCCCGCAGGGGGCGUCGGCGAGCAGGGCAGGAAGGACGCGACGACGACGACGACGGCGGCGGCGGCGGCGGGCGGCGGACGCGACGAGCGCAAGUCCGGCCGCGGCCUCAACGAGCUCAGCACCGGCGACUCCGACGACAGCAGCGGCAGCGAAUCGGAGCGGGACGCCGUGUCGUAUCCUAGCGACGGCCGGCCCAGCCUGGGCGACACCGCCACGGAAUCGGACGCCGAGACGGACUGGCGCCCCACGCGGAACCUCCUGGAGCACGUCUUUGUCACCGACGUCACCGCCAACUUCAUCACCGUCACCGUCAAGGAGUCGCCCACCAGCGUGGGCUUCUUCAACCCGCGCAACCACUAGCCGGCCCCCCUUAGCGCCGCGCGCGGAAUGGGGCGCCCGGCCAAUUUGUCGGCUUUGUCCGAGGCAGGAACGCGACGGCGUCGGCGUGGAGUUUAAGUCAACCUGCAAAUUUCCCAACGUCGUCGGAGGCGCAACGGAAGCGGAGAGCCGUCGUCGUGAAGGGUUAGACGUGCCGCUUGCGCCGCAUCGCGUUGACAGCAACCGUCGCCGCGGAUGUAAUUAUCUGAACGCCUGAAGGCGCCACGAGCCUUCCGUGCGAAACGAACCGUCCGCCCAAGUCGCCUUCUGCGCGAGUUGGGUCGGAAAUUCGACACGCGAGAUCGCGGGACGCCAGAUGCGGACGUGCCAAAACGGCGGCUGUGUAGAACAGGUCGACGUGGACCCUGACGUUAAGUCCGAGCCUGCUUCCUCCUCAGCCCAUUUUCACAAGGGCGACUGUCUCGUCAAUGCCAAAGCGUAUGCAGUACACAACAUUUGAGGAAAAAAAAAGUCAAUGUACGGCGUUGCAUGGGGCAACAUUUCUUCAAGUUCUUUGGCUCUUCCUGCCGUCCGCCCACACGGAACGCGUCGAUGAUUCGGUGGCUGUCUUGUGUCCGCCGGAUCGGCGACCGCGUCACGUGGACAUUUUGUCACGCGAGUCGGUGAAAACGAUUCCAGCGUCACCUGCGAGGAGCUCGGAAGCAACCUUCAGCACGGCACAACGGGGAGUCGGAUCGCGACUUGUUUUGUCGGUCAUGAAAUUGGCCAAAGUGACUCGCCCGCGUUGCGUGUGCUGCUGCUGUUGUACACCACCAAACGUGCGUUCGGUCGUAAACGUGAACCGGUAUUCUGGUUCGGUUGCUUUCAAACAGACAAAACAAAAGGCUGCUCUCUCUCAAUUUGCGACGGACAUUUUAGCGGCGCGCAUCUCACGAAUAACUUCCCGGUCCGCCGUUACACCUCCAGUGGGGCCAUUUUGCGGCGUAAAAGGCGCCCCCGAGGGAACCGCCGGCUCUCUGCUGCGGCAACACUUUUUUUUGAGCUGACGAAACAGGAAGUCCUCAGUGCCUCAGGUUCCGGUCCACGACGUAACGACCACAAAACUAAUUUGUACAUUUCGACUGUCUUGGUAAAGGUUUUUUCUGUGUGUGUUUGGACCAAAGGUGCUAUGAAUGUUAUUUAAUUGUCAGUAUUACACAGACAGUAUUGAUCCAUUAAUUUAUUCUGUAAAUAUCUUUGUGUUCGCCUCAACUCGACCUGACUGUGUGCCUCAUUUUUCAACAUUUGGGUAUUGAAUAAAUCAAAAAGCAACACAAAAGUUUGCUUCCAUCCACAAGUACAGUUUGCGACACCCAACAUUAAAUAAUUUUUCAAAUCGUUAAUUGGUGUGAAAGAUUCAAAUUUGAUGAAAUCAGGGUUAAAUAAAUUAUCAUUUCCAUGCAUACUGGGACAA